GUAAGAUGAUAUAUGCGUGUGUGGGUGCUCUGUGGAACUCACUCGACCAGUGCUCCCACUCGCUCCCUUCUUCUGCGAGUGGAGCCUUCAGCGCGCUGCGUGAGCGCGGAGCGUCUUUCUGUCUGUCCGCCUUCCAUUCAUCCCGGCGACGGCUGCACACACACACACUCACACACACACACACACACACUCUCCUCCUCUCGCCACAGUGGCUGGGAUCGGUUACUUUUUGGUUUGCUGGUCCCCCUCAGCGGCGGUCGGAGUGCCGGUGGAUGAUCUCAGCAGAGCCGCGGUUCUGCGUGAUUCCGCGGAGCGCAGAGGAGUCGCCGGAGGACGCGCGCGUCACGACGGAGAGCGGCGGGUGGCAGUUUGACCGCCCUUUUUCUUUUUCUGUGGUUUUUCUUCUGUCCUUUGGAUUGUAAAAACAACAAGGCGAACACGACGCAAAGGAACGGCGCCGUUGUGGACGGAUCGUACGGCACAGGUGCGUCAGAGGACUGAGGACGGCCGGUCGGCGGAUGAUUGUCGGCGUCGUGGAGAGGUGUCGCUGCCUCUGCGCAAGUCUCAGAUGAAGAUGAAGUCUGCGGGCGUAGUGGAUGGAGGCUUGUUCACAGAGAGCUAUUGUAACAUCUGCAAUGCCCAGCUGAUCUCCGAGUCCCAGCGCACCGCUCACUAUGAGAGCAAGAAACAUGCCAACAAGGUACGUCUGUUCUACAUGCUUCACCCUGAAGAUGGAGGUCCGCCGUCCAAGAGACUGAGGCCAGAUAACCCAGACUGUGCAGAAACGGAGGUGGACAGGAACAAGUGCUGUACCUUGUGUAACAUGUUCUUCACCUCCGCCAUUGUGGCCCAGUCGCACUACCAGGGGAAGACCCACGCCAAGAGAGUCCGCCUGGUGCUGGGGGAGCCAACCAACCUACCCAUAGCCACGGCAAGCCCAACAAACACAGAUUCCUCCCCUUCCACCCCACUGCCCACGGACACCCCUGUGUGCCCCCCGUCCCCUGCCCUGCCCUGGCCCGUGGCGGCGGUGGUCGGCGCAAACGGCGGAAGAGAGGCCGGCAAGUACUGUUGCCUGUGCGGAGCCUGGUUCAACAACCCGCUGAUGGCCCAGCAGCACUACGAGGGCAAGAAACACCGCAGGAACGCAGCCAGGGCGCGUCUGCUGGAGCAGCUAGCGGGCAGCCUGGAUGCCACAGAGAGCACAGGGCUGCGCAGUAGUUACUCCUGCAGUGUCUGCAGUGUGGUCCUCAACUCCAUUGAGCAGUACCACGCACACGUCCAGGGCUCCAAGCACCAAAACAACCUGAAGCAACACCAGCAGUAAGCCACCGUGACAGGCCACUCCAAGAGGAAGAAGGAGAGAGGAAGACAGAUCACUGGAAUAAACAAAAAUCUGAAAAAAGGACUUGUCAGAAAACCGAGGAGUAUGAGAAAGUGGUACAGAGUAACUUCAAUGUGUGUGUGUGUGUGUGUGUGUGUGUGUCUCUCUACAUGUGUGUGCGCGUCUCUCUACAUGUGUGUGUGUAUAUGGGUGCCACGGGCCUUCAUGCCUGCAACAUGCAGUACAGGCAUGUUUGGGUCAUUGUGAGUGUGUUUAUUUCUAUCUUUGAUCUGAAAAUAUAUAUAUCUCUGAGAUUUAUUCAGCACCCAAGUGUUUGAUGCGAGUGCUCGACACCCAACAGCCGUCAGAAGAACUGAGGCUGCGCGUUGCCAUGUAACUGCUGUGUGAACCACAAUCGUUAAAAUAAAGUGAUGUCGGUGCGUUGCCCAGAGUGGUAAUAACCAUUACAAUGAUCGUCAUACUGAGCAGCAGUAGUAAAACUCUGUAACUAGCCGUCCACCAAGUGCUCCAACAGUGAUCCACGUCUGAAGACAUGUACAGUCCAGAUGAUAGCACAUUGCGCGACUCACGUUCAGGCCACUUGAGACCUACUCUGGCCCAGAACUUUAAAUCCAAGGACGAUAAAAAAUUUAAAAAAUAAACCAAUGACCUCAGCCAUUACAGAUUGCACGGAUUUCCAAAAUUGCCAUAAAGACUAUUUUUGGUUUUAGAUCUUGCGUCGUCCGUAAAUGUAGUGGAAAAAUAAUUUUUUCAUAUUCCAAAUAUCAAAACCCAGAGAUGUGGAUUGGCGACAGGACAGAAGGGCCUGGAGAAAAGCAGCACAAAGUCUCUGAAACUCAGUCGGUGAAACUUUUUUGUCAAUCAUGUACAGUUAAAAACAUUCCCACAGCGUUGAAUACUGAUGUCAGAUGCAGCUCCGAGGUGACAAGAACUCUUCUCUGUUGAGAUGGCCAACAUGUAAAUAUUUUUUUUUAUUUUUCUGUUGCAAUGGCCUGAGAGAAAAAAAAACCUCCCAUCCCAUGUAGCAGCAAAUGUACGAUACAACUGGGGUGCAAUUCAGUGCAUGCUAAAUGAAAAAUUUUGAAUUUUCUUGCCUUUUUUGAAACCUAUUGCUCAUUUUUGGCAAUAGCGCUGCUUUCUAGAGAUAGCCUCACGAUGCGUUUCUGCACACACUUGCACAUGAACAAAGAGGUCAUCUUUUAGCACUGAAGAGGCUUCUUUUCAACACUUAAUUUAUUCAUCAAAAAAAGGGAAACCAUUUAAUACUUGGAGAUUACCCCCCCCCCCCCCCCCCCUCCAUCUGUAGUGUCGUCAGAGUGUCUGUGAAGAGAGUUUUCAACAAUGCUCUGCAGCACCAUUAUACAUGUGAAGUGAAGACACGCUCCAGUUUCCUGUGCUGGCACCGACAUCGGCCCUGAGCAGCAUUUCUUAUCGAGCCGGGGAAAAGGACUGAGAAACGCAGCACUCGACGCAAAGCUACGCUCUGUCAGUUCUUGUUGGUUCAAGCUCUCUUUUUUUUUUUCCUCCAAAACACAUUAAAAAUGUUUUUAUUUUGCUUUGUUCAUUUCACGGUUUCAGACAGCGAACUGCAAACGAACUGACGCUAAAUAGUUUUUCCUCUGCAGACACACGGAGGGGUAAUGGUUUUUUAUGCAAUCGCACUGUAGUAUUAACAACCAUAGCAAUGUGUUUUGAAGUGAAAUUGUUUAACAAAGCAAAAAAAUAAGUGGUUUGUGUAAAUUAGCACGUAGCAGCAGGAAAAGUUUGUUUUAAGAAGAACAAGAAUUUUGUAUUUAUAGUGUUUAUCUGCACUGAGCUACAGGAGAUAAGGGAAGUGUACUUUUUAUGGAUAUUGCUAUAGGAAAAAUAAAUGUUUUGGAGAUGAACUCAUCCUGAACCGAGAAGCGAUGGAUGGAUCGAAAUCCAGUAUGUGGAAAAACAGUGAGGGAUCACACUGACUGGGAGAAAGCGGUGAUUACAGCUGUUUUCAUGAGGACAACAACAAUCAUCACAGAAGACCUCGAAGGAGGAACCUUUGAUGUGACUUGUUUUGCCCAGUGGACAGAGAAAACUGUGGUGGCAGGAUUUCAGACUGUUGGAUUUUAACAAGACGUCUAAAAUUACCCUCUCGUCGCUGAUGCCAUAAAGAAAACACAAAAAGUUGUUUUGGCAUUUUUUCGCCAUGCGCCGAUAUCACCGUCUGUGCAGGGGAUGACUGUGCCAUGAGUCACAUAUUUUAGCAGAUGUUACAUAAUAUAUUACAGAGAUGAAUCUAUGGGUAGGAAUUGUGUGAUACGAUGCUCGUGUGGGUGGGCGUUAUGUGUAUGGGAAGCUGUCAGCUGCGCCGGCAGUGGGAGCCUCGCUGUGAGCUGUGUGUAAUGUGAGCACAUUUGUAAACACACCUGAUGAUGAAUACAAUGAAGAUGACAACCAUCUAUUUUCUCUUGCAAAAA